CCACAAUGGCCACAAGUAAUAAAAAGCAGCUGUUGAAAACUCUGGAACAGCUCGGGGAAAAGGAGCUGAAGAAGUUUAAAUGGUUCCUGCAGAAUGAAGUUCCAGAUGGGUUUGAUCCCAUCCCAAAAAACAAGUUGGAGAACGUUGAUGAACUGGACACAGUGGAUAAGAUGGUGGAGACAUAUGGACUCAAAGGAGCUCUGAAGAUCAUUGUGGAAAUCCUGGGAAAGAUGGAUCAGAAUAAUCUUUCUGAGUUGCUGAGUGUCAGUGGUGCUGAGGAGGCUGGUGGGAACAGUUCAACUUCCUGUCUUCCUCAGGAAGUCCAGGGUUCCUCCAACAUGACUGAGACUGGAGGCCAUGCUGCUGCUCCUGGUGGAAACCCCUCAGAGCAAAUAGACUGUCAUGCAGCUUCUCAUCUGUUCUCCAACGAAGCUCAGGAUGACAGCAUUGUCAUUGCUCCAGUGUUAAAUAACACAGAUGUUGGAGGCAAUGUCAUCUACAAUAUAAACAUUAAUACCAUGAAAAAUGAGGACUAUCAGAAAAAAGGUGUUCUUGAAUUAAUUGAUCAUUUCAAACUGAAACUGAAAGAGCAGUUUCAAGAAGUUUUUGAGGGCAUAGCUAAAAAAGGAAAUGCAACUCUUCUCAAUAAGAUCUACACAGAUCUCUACAUCACAGAGGGUGAGAGUGGAGAGAUCAAUAAAGAACAUGAGGUGAGACAGAUUGAGACAGCAUCCAGGAAAUCAGCAAUAACAGAAACAGCCAUCACAUGCAACAACAUCUUUAAACCCUCAGCUGGACGACAUACACCUAUCAGAAUUGUUCUGACAAAAGGAGUUGCUGGCAUCGGAAAAACUGUCUCUGUGCAGAAGUUCAUCACGGAUUGGGCUGAGGGACUAGCUAAUCAGGAAAUUCAGUUCAUCUUUCCUCUCCCGUUUCGAGAGCUGAAUUUGUUGGUUGGAGAAGAGUACAGUUUGAUGGAACUUCUACAUUACUUCUCCAUGGAAAUGAGAACAUCUGAAAUCUCCAACUACAACGUUCUGUUUGUCUUUGACGGUCUGGAUGAGUGUCGACUGCCCUUAGCCUUCAAAAAGAAUAAGAGGUGCUGUGAUGUCACAGAGUCCACCUCAGUGGAUGUGCUACUGACCAACCUGAUCAGAGGAAAGCUUCUUCCCUCUGCUCUCGUCUGGAUCACCACUCGACCUGCAGCAGCCAAUCAGAUCCCUUCUGAGUGUGUUGACCUGGUGACAGAGGUACGAGGGUUCAAUGACCCACAGAAGGAUGAGUACAUCAUGAAGAGAUGCAGUGAUGAGAUCCUGGCCGGGAGAAUCAUCUCACACAUCAAGGCAUCAAGAACUCUCUACAUCAUGUGCCACAUUCCAGUCUUCUCCCUAAUGUGUGUGACCGUCCUAGAGCACAAGCUGAGAACAGAGAAGAAAGAGAAGAUGCCCAAGACCCUGACUGAGAUGUACACACAGUUUCUGGUGUUGCAGACCAUACAAAAGCAAGUGAAGUAUCAUGGGAAAGCUGAGACAGAUCCUCACUGGGAUGAAGAGAGCAUUAAGAGUAUUCAGUCACUGGGAAAACUGGCCUUCCACCAGCUGGAGAAAGGCAACCUGGUUUUCUAUGACAAAGACCUGACAGAGUGUGGCAUUGAUGUCCGUGAUGCCUCAAUGUACUCAGGAGUGUUCACACAGAUCUUCAGAGAGGAGAGAAAAGUCUUCCAGGAGAAGGUGUUCUGCUUUGUCCAUCUGAGCUUUCAGGAGUUUCUGGCUGCUGUGUUUGUCUUUCUCUCAUUCGUCAACAACAAGCAGAAUCUGAUGUCUGAGACUCCAUCAGCUUCCAGCUCCAAAAAACUGUUGGCUCUUUUCAAAGAGAAACCAGAAGUCCGAUUCUACAAGAGUGCUGUGGACAAGGCCUUGCAGAGUAAGAAUGGACAACUGGACCUUUUCCUCCGCUUCCUCCUGGGUCUCUCAAUGGAGUCCAAUCAGACUGACUUACGAGGCCUACUGACUCAGACAAGAAGCAACACACAGAGCCAUGAGAAAACAGUCAAGUACAUCAAGAAGAAUAUCAGAAAGAAUAUCUCUCCAGAGAGAUGCAUGAAUCUGUUCCACUGUCUGAAUGAACUGAACGACCAUUCUCUGGUGGAGGAGAUCCAACACUACCUGGGCUCAGGAAGUCUCUCCAGUGAGAAGAAGCUCUCAUCUACACAGUGGUCAGCUCUGGUCUUUGUGUUGCUGACUUCAGAAGAGAAGAUGGACGUGUUUGAUCUGAAGCUAUACUCCAGAUCAGAGGAAGGUCUUCUGAGGCUGCUGCCAGUGGUCAAAGACUCCAAAACUGCUCUGCUGAAUGACUGUAACCUCUCAGAACGGUGCUGUGAAGCGCUGGCCUCAGCUCUCCCCUCCUCAGAUAUGACACAGCUGGACUUGAGUAACAACAACCUGGGGCAUUCGGGCAUGAAGCUGCUCUCUGCUGGACUGAGGAAUCCACUCUGCAAGCUGGAGACACUGAGGCUGUCAGGCUGUCACAUCACAGAGGAAGGCUGUGCUUCUCUGAGCUCAACUCUGAAGUCAACCUCCUUCCUGAGACAUCUGGAGCUAAGUAACAAUGAUCUGAAGGAUGCCGGCAUAAAGCUGCUCUCUGCUGGACUGGGGAAUCCACUCUGCAAGCUGGAGACACUGAGGCUGUCAGGCUGUCUGGUCACAGAGGAAGGCUGUGCUUCUCUGGCCUCAGCUCUGAGGUCCAACCCCUUCCACCUUAGGGAACUGGACCUGAGCUACAAUCAUCCAGGAGAAAAAGGAUUGAAUCUGCUCUCUGCUGGACUGGAGGAUCCACACUGCAGACUGGAGAAACUCAAUGUGGAUCAUGGUGGAGAGUGCUGGAUCAAACCUGGCCCUAGGAGAUAUGCCUGUGAGCUCACACUGGACCCAAACACAGCAUACAGAGACCUCUCUCUGUCUGAGGAGAACAGAAAGGUGACAAGGAGGGAAGAGGAGCAGCCGUAUCCUGAUCACCCAGAGAGAUUUGAGGACUGGCCACAGGUGCUGUGUAGAGAGGGUCUGUCUGGGCGCUGUUACUGGGAGGCAGAGUGGAGUGGAGGAGGAGGGGUUUAUAUAGCAGUGACAUAUAAAGGAAUCAGCAGGAGAGGAAGGGAUGAUGACUGUGUGCUUGGACUCUAUAACAAGUCCUGGAGUCUGUACCGUGAUGAUAACAGUUACUCUGCCUGGCACAAUAAUAAGAGAACUGUCAUACCUGCCCCCCCCUCCAGCUCCCACAGAGUAGGAGUGUAUCUGGACUGGCCGGCCGGCACUCUGUCCUUCUACACAGUCUCCUCUGACACACUGACCCACCUGCACACAUUCCACAGCACAUUCACUGAGCCCCUCUAUCCUGGGUUCUGUGUUUAUUCUGACUCCUCAGUGUCCCUGUGUCAGGUAGAAUAGCCCACACACACUCUCACACACCGUGCUCACAUAGAUGUCAUUGAAGACUGAACUGUACAGUUGUAAUUGAUAUCCCAGAGUGUUUGUAAAUAUUGGUGUGUGUAGAAUGUUUGUUUUGUUUUAACCUUUUAGAUGUACAUAUUACUGAUAUUAAAUAUUAUUAAUAUCUCUAAAUAUUA